CGGGCCUGAGUGCCAAGGGUGCCGAGUUAAUCAAGGACUGCGGCAGGCAGCUGGCUAGCUAAUUAACCCCGGCUGGACCAUACAUACACAGUACCAACAUACAUACAUAUACAUAUGCCCGUUGGGGAGGGGGUCAGGUUUCCAUUCUCCAGUCGUUCGUUUCUCAACCUCAUUCUCCAGUCAGGGAGUCUCAUCAAUUUCAAAUUUCAUCAUGACCAACCAUGAAGGACAUUAUUUGUGCCGACAGGUACCGCGUUAACCGCAAAGUCGCCGAGGGAGGCUUUGGGCUUGUCUAUGAAGGAACGGACAUGCAGUCGGGCGAGGACGUCGCUUUGAAACUCACAUACUAUGAUGAGGCCAAGAGCGCCGGCCCUAUGCUGAUCAAACAGGAAAACGAUGUGUACAAGGAGCUGUCCGGCGGGGUGGGAAUCCCCAAAGUACGACUCUUUACUUUCGAGGACGAGUACUAUGUGCUGGUGUUGGAUCUCUUGGGUCCGUCGCUGGAGGACCUGUUCAAUUAUUGCGCCAAAAGCUUCUCGCUCAAGACCAUCCUUCUCAUCGCCGACCAAGCCAUCUCCAGGAUCGAAUACAUCCAUUCCAAGGGCAUCCUCCAUCGCGAUAUCAAACCAGAAAAUUUCGUCAUGGGGGUGGGAAAGCAGGGCAAUACGCUCUACGCAAUCGAUUUUGGCAUCGCACAGUCUUUUGAAGAGGCUCAGUCUUGUAGGAAUGCAACGGGUCGCCAGCUAGUUGGGACCAGACGAUACGCAAGCGUCAGAGCCCACAAUGGCCGCCAACAAUCUUGGGCCGACGACUUGGAGUCUCUCGGUUAUGUCUUGGUAGAAUUUGCCCGCGGCUCCCUACCGUGGCAGGGCAUCAAGGCCGCCACCGAGGACGAACGGAGGGCGCGGGUAGGGGAAAUCAAGGAGAGCUUGUCAGGUGAGGAACUAUGUGACGGCUUUCUCCCUGAAGAAUUCGCUACGUAUAUCAACUAUACCCGAUCACUGGGUUUUGAUGAUAAGCCGGACUACUCGUACCUCCGUCGAAUUUUCAGCCGUCUCUUUCGAGCAAAGGGAUUCAAAUACGACUACAUUUUCGACUGGACCGAAAGGUUAUUCUACGAGCAGCUACAAGGUGAGGGAGAGGAUCCUGUCGAUUCUUGAUAUUAUGUACCUUGCGUGGGCCAGUACAUUUCGGAAACGGACACGACAUGGCACACGUGAUCACGUGAUGCUCAUGGGUCACCACCACCACGCCAAACACAAGCUCCCAACAACCAAUUGCAAUAUACCAUAUACCCCAAGUUCAAGUUUGCCUUGCCUCCAAGCACCCCCGUGAAUCCUGUCCGAGAUUCAAGGGGGUCUUGUUUCAGUUGUGGGAUUGUUGAGGGAGAGAGAUCGGGGAUUUUAAUAGGGUUAGGGUUUGGGUCUUGUU